ACUGCAGAGGAGGAAGUGAUGUCAUCAUGGUGGUUUGUCUGCGGGUCAUGUGACCUCCUGACGUUCAGAUCAGAGCUGGUCUCAGUCAGAGUCUCUGCUGCUGAAGACGAGUCGGGAUGGAGACGCUGCUCACUGCUUUCCUCCUGAUUCUGGGAUUUUCUGCUGCUGAAGUGAAGGAGAAUCUGACAGCAAUCGUUGGAGGAACCAUCACUCUACCUGGUGCUGUCACUGAGAAAGGAUUUAUUAAAUAUGAGAGUAUAACCAUUGCUUUAGUGUUUAAAGGUGAACUUGAUAUUGAUGUGAACAUUUACAAGAACAAACUUCAGUGGAACCGAAGCUCUGGACUCUUUACGAUCACAAACCUGCAGAAGAACGACUCAGGAAUCUAUACAGUUCAAAAAGGCGAAUUUUCUUCUUCAUAUAAGCUUCAAGUUUAUGAUCCAGCACCGACUCCUGCAGUAACACCAAUUACUGUGACCUCUGACCCCUGCCUGUUGAUCUGCUCUGUGGACAAACCAGCGACUCUACUGUGGAUCAGAGACAAAGAAAUACAGAACCAGAGCCGCUCUGCUCUGUCUUUACCUGUUACUGUCCAUAAGGAGGAUAGAAACUCAUCAUAUAGAUGUGUAGCAGCCAAUCCUGCAGAGAACAAGACUGUUGAUGUUAAUGUGACCACUUCCUGUUGGCUCAGCAAAACAGAAGAUUCUGAUUCCAAAAGAAAUUAUUGGAUUGCAGGUGGUCUCUGCAUUGGGUUUAUUGUAUUGAUUGGUUUUGGAUUCCUGCUGAUCCAGAAGAAGUUUCUGGGCCAAAAAUCAUCAGGCAGUCAAACACAAGGCAGGUAUUUGAUCAUUUACUCUCUGAGAUUCAUUUAUUAAUAUAGAGUUUAUAGAUAUAGGAAUUUGUUUGUGAAAUAUUCUGUAGAAUAAAUCUUUGCUGCUUCUUCAGACAGACUGUUUGACAUUAGCAUGUAAAACACAUAAAUCUGAAGUAUUCAUAAUGUCUUUAUUGUGGUUGGUAAAAUAUUAAACUAAAAUAUUUUCCUUCACCUGAACAAGCUGAACAUCAGACUGACGAUCCUGAAUCUUUUGGUUCUGAUGUUCUGACGGUCUAAAACGGCGCCGUACCUUUAAAUCUGCAGCCUGUUUUCCUCAUGAUGCUCAGUCUGAACCAACUCAGAUCACAGAUUUAUAUCAGGUUUGGUUCUGAUCCACAUGAAAUCUGAUGUGUUGAAGCAUGAAAACUGAAAAACGUGCCAAAAGAACCACAAUGGUUCUUUGUUUAUUUCACACAGAAAAAAUGCUGCAGUAACUAAUUCUAACUAAAAAUCAUGUUUAAUUUUUUCUUGUUUAAAAUAAAAUCAGAAGAAGAGAAAACCGGAGCUGCUGGCGCCCAGGAAACAGAACAAAACCUUUAAAACUCAGGAUUACCAUUUGAUUUGUUUGUUGGAAACUUUGGUAAAGUAAAACCGUUUAUCUUUAAAUUUAACCUGAUGACUAACAUGGCUGCUUGGGGAUUCAGGAAGCAGAUAUUAUUUAUUAUUUAUUAUCCUCUGGAGCUUUAAACUGUUUUCUUUGGUUUUUCUGGGAGGUAAAAGAUUUUCUCCUUUUUAACAUCUUCAGUUUUUAACUAACAAAGUUACUUUAUUUACUCUUUUAACAACAUGUUUUCUCAACCUGGUUUUUCUGAUUGAAAAUAAACAAAACAUUGAACUUUAUAAAUAUGGUUAAGAUUAAAAAUGUUUGUUUCUGGCUUUUUGCUCAGUUUCAGUUAAAAAUUCAAAGUUUGACUCAUUUUCAUCUUUCUUCGUUCUACCAGCUGCAGAACAUUUCAGGAUCACAGAAACUGACUUGGCUGUCUGAGUUCAGUUGGUUCAUAAAUCACUGAAGCUCCACAAAAUAUUAAAGAUCUGCUGCUGUUGUAUUAACCUUCCAGCCUGUUUACAGGAUGUUUGCUUUAUUCAGGGCCUCAUGGAGAUAAAGAGUAAAAUUUAAAGGUAAAAACAAGUUAAGUAGUCAGACUGUGCUAAAUGUAGCUGCAGGGACCCGAGUCACGCUGUAGACCAGGGGUGUCAA